AUGACUAAACAAAUAUGUUGCAGCCUGAAAAUGCGGCUAGUAAUGGGGCUGCUUGGCACUCAAGGUUCGGUACGGCUGGCUGUCUCCAAAUCGCCGGUAGACGCCAUAAGGUUCUAUAGCAGUGCACCAUUGAUAAACAAUAACUGGAAGCCUGACACGGUUUAUCUCUAUCAGUUCCCUCGAUCGCCAGUGAUGCCGAAUUUGUCGCCGUUCUGUCUCAAAGUCGAGACAUUUCUACGUGUAAACGACAUAAAGUAUGAGGUUAUAGGAUCGUAUCGACAGCGUUCAACACGCGGCUUAUUACCAUUUAUCGAGCUCAAUGGCAAACAAAUUGCCGACUCACAAGUUAUUAUCUGGGAGUUGCAAAAGCACUUCAAGAUUGAGGUAAGGUGCUUCGUGAAAAUUUCUGACGUUUAA